UUUCGGCCUGCAGGAAACCUGCCUCCAGACACCUGCCUGCUUUGUGGUUUAGAAUCCCCGUCAGAGCACUGUGCGGCUUGCAAUCAGAGUUUGUGCCCUAACUGCGAUUGGCUGUUUCAUAAGCAUCCUUCCCGGACACAUCACCAUCGGGUACCCAUGAAGAACCCCGGCCGGGCAUGGCAGAGUCCCCCACCGCCCCCCAACCCCAGCCUCUCUAGCAUCCCCUCGGAAACGACUUCCUUGCGGGCCCCCAGCCUCCCCCCGCCCUCAUCCUCCCACAUCAUCCCCAGUCAGCGCCCUCCCUGGCGCUGCGCGGCGUGUCAGAAGAACAACGACGCCUCCUGCAUCCUCUGCAUAAACUGCGACCGGCCUCGGGGGUGCAAGACCCCCCAGAACCUCGGCCUGGAGGACGAGCUAACCAGCCAAGGCCAGCUGGCCAGAGGACGCUGGUCCUGCCAAACCUGCACCUUUGAGAACGAGUCGGCCACCGUCCUGUGCGCCGUGUGCGAGAGGCCGCGCCUGGCUGGGAGACCAGGCACCGGCGACGCCAAACCCCUGAUCGCCUGGGGGGAAGAAACCGGACCUCAGCAGGAAGAUGCCCCCAGCUGGCAGUGUGACCACUGCACUUUCCGCAACAGCGUCGGCCGACGGAUCUGUGAGAUGUGCAACUGCACCAGCCUGCACGGCGAUACCCAGCCCUCCCUCGCCCGGGAAGAGAAGGAAGAGGUGGGCAGGAUGAAGCGAGGGGUGGUGGAAGCCCCCGGGGAGCCCCAGGGCCUCUGGAGAGCCCCGUCCGUCCCGCCCGAGGACGUGGAGCAUCAGAGGCAGGAGAAGCUACGGGACGACGGUCAGAAGAUGGUGGACAUGAUCAGGGAGGCGGAAACUGUAGGCGUAGCCCCCGAAAUGGUGGCGGCCGCCUUGUGCUACUCGGGAGCUGAGCUGCCCCUGGCCUGGCUGAAGUCGGAGCUGCCCUGUGUCCUGGAAGGUAUGGCGGAACUGGCUACUCAGCGAGGCGACAAGGAGCCCGACGGCGGCCUGGGCGCCAUAACCCUCCAGGAAGUCCAAACCGCCUGGGUGGCCAGCCGGGGCGACGUAGAUGACGCCGUCAGCCGUUGCCUCAGUGCCCGUCGGAGCAAGGUGAGACAGUUGAAGUCCCUGGGCUUUGAAGAGCGGGGCCCUGCCUUACAGGCCCUGUACGAGAACAACGGCGAUAUAUGGCGUGCCAUGGUGCAGCUGCAGCGUGCCCGCCUGGCGCCUUUCCACCAGAGGCUCUGGGAGAGCGAAGACCCUCCGAUGAACUUCCAGAGCGCCGACCGACAGGCGCUGCUGCGGCGUCUCCUGGCCUCGCUGUCUCUGCCCAGCUGGGGCCGGGCCGAGCUGGUGGUCUCAUUGAUGCUGGAGCAGCCGGACGAAGGCUGGGAGCUGUCGGACAUCGUGGAGGCUGUCAAGGCCUCCCCAAACCGCGACUUCAUCAAACGCUUGCUCAGCUGGGAGUGCGCCGUCUGCAGCCUGGCCUUGCCGCGGAACAAGAUGCAGUCACUAACAUCGUGCGAAUGUACAAUUUGUCCAGAGUGUUUUGCUUUGCACUUCACCAUUGCCGUAAAGGAGAAACACAUCACGGAUUUAGUGUGUCCAGCUUGCUCCGAGCCGGAGAUCAGCGAUGAAACUGAACUUCUAAAUUAUUUCUCUACUCUUGAUAUCCAGUUGCGCAGUUGUUUGGAUCAAGAGACUUAUGACCUUUUCCAUAAGAAGCUGACCGAACAUGUACUAAUGCAGGACCCCAAAUUUCAGUGGUGCACCCAUGUGAGUAUUGUGUUUCUUUUUUUAAUGUAUUAUUUUAUUUAUACAUUUUUCUUUAACAUACGUAAGUGCUUAGUAAACAGUGUACUGUCUGAGUCCAUUUACUUAUACAUAAUAAUAAUAAUAAUAUUUACUUGUACCUAA